GGCGGCGGCCAUUUUGUGGCGUUAAGUAGGCGCGCGCGGGCAGCGCCCCGCUCAUUUCCUCGCGGCGGCGGGCGCGGGCGGUGGCUGCCGGCGCCUCGUCCCCGCUCCGGCCCUCGGCCGCCUCCCGGAGCCCCGAGCCGCCGCCGCUGCCCCUCGGGGGUUGUUGCCCGCCAUGAGUUACGGGCGCCCCCCGCCGGACGUGGAGGGCAUGACGUCCCUCAAGGUGGACAACCUGACCUACCGCACGUCCCCGGACACCCUCCGGAGGGUCUUCGAGAAAUACGGCCGAGUCGGCGACGUCUACAUCCCCCGGGACCGCUACACCAAGGAGAGCCGAGGGUUCGCCUUCGUCCGUUUCCACGACAAACGCGACGCCGAGGACGCCAUGGACGCGAUGGACGGGGCCGUGCUGGACGGCCGGGAGCUCCGGGUGCAGAUGGCCCGCUACGGCCGGCCCCCCGACUCGCACCACAGCCGCCGUGGCCCGCCGCCACGCCGCUAUGGGAGCAGCGGCUACGGCCGCCGCAGCCGCAGUCCUAGAAGACGCCGUCGCAGCCGAUCUAGAAGCAGGAGCCGCUCUAGGUCCCGCAGUCGGUCUCGUUACAGUCGGUCCAAAUCCCGCUCUCGCACACGCUCUCGGUCUCGCUCCACGUCGAAGUCCAGAUCUGCCAGAAGAUCCAAGUCAAAGUCCUCGUCUGUGUCUAGAUCCCGGUCCAGGUCAAGAUCUCGGUCUAGAUCUAGAAGCCCUCCACCUGCAUCAAAGAGGGAAUCCAACUCCAGAUCCAGGUCUAAGAGCCCUCCCAAGUCUCCGGAAGAAGAAGGAGCUGUAUCCUCCUAGGAGAAUGAUGCAUCAGAUAAAUGAGAGCCUACAUAAAGGACGCCUUUGGGGGGAAAAGAUCGCUUGAGUCUUCAGUCCAUGGGAGAGACCCCUGGCCCAAGCAACCAGCUGUUGAAAAGGUUAUUUUGUAACAUUUUGUCUAACUUUUUACUUGUUUAAGUUGCGCCUCAAGUGGCAGAUUUUACAUUUUUAUGUGCCAUUUUGUUGCUGUUAUUCAAAUUUCUUGUAAUUUAGUGAAGUGAACGACUACCGAUUUCAUUAUUGGCUUGGAUAUUUGAGGUAAAACUUCAUUUUUGUUUAUAUAGUGCUGACUUUUAUUUGAAAUUAAACUGAUGGCAACUUGCUGCCUCAAGUUUCAUACUGAGGAAAUAUGCAGCUGUUAUAUGCUGAGUAGCUAACCGUCAAAAAAAAAAAGUAUGCUCAAUUUUGUCUUCAUUCCUUAAAUAAGAUUCUGCAAAAUUUAAACAAUUUGAAAUUUACUGUAAAUGCUUUUUUACUUUGAAUUCAAAUAGUAUCUUCAAAUCCAAAUUGGUAGAAAUCUUUUCAGGUGACAGUUGAUGUUUGAAAGGAUUGUUUUAUCAGACUCAAUUCUAAUCUCUUCUCUUAUGUAUUUUUGUGCACUAGGCGCAGUUGUGUAGCAGUUGAGUAAUGCUGGUUAGCUGUUAAGGUGGCGUGUUGCAGUGCAGAGUGCUUGGCUGUUUCCUGUUUUCUCCUGAUUGCUCCUGUGUAACGAUGCCUUGUCGUGCAGAAACAAAUGGCUGUCCAGUUAAUUAAAAUGCCUGACAACUGCACUUCCAGUCACCCGGGCCUUGCAUAAAAAUAACGGAGCAUACAGUGAGCACAUCUAGCUGAUGAUAUACACACCUUAUUUUUUCCAGAAUGGUAAAUCUUGCCAACAUGCAUAUAUGAACUUACAUUUGAGAAAUGUAAUGUUAAGAAAGAAAUGGUUCAUUCCUCUGUAAGUACUGAUUGGUGUAUCUUUUGCUUAAGACAUCCUGUACUAUACCCACUGUCUCUGUAGUUAAUAUUAAACAUUUUUCUGUGUUAACUUUUCUCAACAUAAUGUCCGAGUCAGCUUAUUUUUAGCUUGAAAAGAUUUCUGCAAUUAUACUGUCAAUGUUUAACUUCUAUAUAGUAACUGAAUGCAUUCUUCUGCUUCUAAAUUUUAUCCACUGGGGUUGCUUUUAAGUUACUACGGGCAAACUUACUAGUAUUGUGACUAACCCGAAUGCUGUAUGACUAGUGUUGCACACCAGACUAUAAACAUGACAUUAGACAGGUCUGUUGGACAUUGUUAUGGAAGAUACACACUGAGCAGUACUAAUUGCAUUUGCUGUGUGCUUGCCCUGACUCAACAGGCUGCUGCUUGAUGGUAGCUAAUCUUACAGUGAUUUUUUUUUUCUUGAUUUGGAUACCAACUGAAUUGUAAUGUCAACCAUCACAUGUCAAGGGUUAUUGUAAUGCCUUGUUAACUUUAUGCAUGUAUGUUUAAUGGGAAUGGAAAGAUCUGAAUACUUGCAAUCUGGCUUGACUGAGGAUUAAAAGUACUUUUCUACAACCUGAGGAGCUUGUGUGUUCCAGGAUUGCAUGUCUGACAGCAGUCUACAUAGUCAUUUAAAAACAAAGGGACUGGCUUUUUGUAUACAAACCUUCAGGAAAGAGCUUCAGUCCUGGGCAACCAAUCUUAAGGGGAUAAUUUUUUAUCUUGAAAGAGUGCGGUUAACCUUUCUUCAUAGCUGAAGUUGUGAAUUUAAGUUGGAUCUUGUGGAUUGUCAGGUUGUUAAGCUAUGUUGUGUAGUGGCUUACAUAACGGAAUUGAGUCUCUGAACUAUUACGUGGUCUUUGGGAAGGAGGACAAAUUUCUCAAAAGCCAUAGUUAAACAAAUGAACAGCUUUAUUUUUACAAUGCAUGUUUUAAGUACUGCUAAGGGGGUCUGCUUCCCAAAAAAUACGCAUGAGGUUUGCUGUAAAUCAGACUGUUCUCCGCAGAUCCAUGCUAAAGUAAAAGUUGAGUAUCAUCUUGUAUUUGAACCAACAAGUGGAAUAAACUUAAGUACCGUCUGA